CAGUGGACGCGGGCAUGCUGUGAUCUGUGAUCUGUCUGUUAUUUGAUCUCUACUCUUGACGUUUCGUGAUUAUCCAUAGCAUCUUUUGACAAUAAGCUUGGAAGAGUGGACUUUUUAUUGUGUAAGGCCGUCUGCCAGAAUCAGUUGAUUCACCGAAAAACCCUCUGCAGAAGAAGUGUAAGAAGCACUUCACUGAAGAAGUUUAAAGCCCGAUUCCUGCGGCAAGACGGUUAUCCUAGCUACAUUUUCGGCAUAAUCUGUUUACAGUUUACAUUCUGCGACUUGCGAUCAAUUCAGCUGUCUCGGUGUUUUUAGUUCAAGUGCGUGGGUUUUUCUUCCGUUGCGCUCGAUUAACCUGAGGGUAGAUUGCUAUCGAAGAGCCGAUAGACCUUGUCAUUUAAAUUGAGGAGAAGAUGAGCUCGAAAGAAAAGAAGGACAAGACACAGAAAGAGAGUAAGAAGGAGAAGAAAGAGAAGAAAGAGAAGAAAGAGAAGAAAGAGAAGAAAGAGAAAAACAAGAAGAGAGACUCGAAGGAUUUAGAAGCGUCGUCAAAUGGCUCCACCAUGGAAAACGAGGAAAAGGAGGGAUCCUCAUCAAACUCAAAAUCUGUGUUUGGAGUGUUCAGGCGCAGUGGACGGAAAGAUAAAAGACAUUCAAAGCAUGGAUCCUCGGACAGCUUGAAGAGGCUAAGUGUCGAUUCAACUGAAUCUGGUGACAGACGCUCUAGUGGUGUUUCGUUUGAUGAGUCAACGAGUGUCAAAGUUUCAACAUCUAGCACCGAAGUUGUGAAGGAGAUUGAGAAGCCGACGGCACAGAGCGACCGGCCUUCUGAAGUGAAAAUUGUUAGUACACCUCAUCCAGCUCCGGUGAAAGAUAAAGGCGCCGAGAAACCUGAACUACCCCUAGCGGUAGAGAUUCUGAACACUGUUGAUAUUGUGAUUGCAAACAAUGGAAGAGAGGAAGUUCAAACCAAAAAAGACGAAGAAGAAUCAGUUGUAACGCCAGAUAACGAUCAGGGGAGCUUAAAGCAGGAAGAACCAGAACCUGAAGAUUUAAUGGAGAGUCAAGUAGGAGAGGCCAACACUAAAGAACACGAGCAACAUGAAUCAGUGAAUGACCAGGUGAUGGAGCCCGAUAAUCCUGAUUAUGAAGUACUCCUGGAGAUUGAAAAGGGUCGUCCUGCAGUAGAAAAAGAAGUCCGUUCGGUGGAAAUAGAUCACAAGAAAGAAAAUCAAUUCCAAGUGCAAGUCGAAGAAUUUCUUAAACUUGAUACUAAUUUCGGAGAAAUAUCGAUGUCAGAAGCUAAUGAUAAGGAGCAAGAUGAAAAAAAAGAGAGGAAAUCUGUUCACGAUUCAGAGCAAAGGUUCAAUUUGAUCCAUAAAGCGCCUCCGUCUAAGGAAAAAGGCACUUUUACCACAAGCACUCUCAAGCAAGAAUCAACCAAAGGAAUGCAGGUGAAAAAAAGCGAUGGUCCCGAAAUUCAAGCCCAGUCGAGAGAAAUAUCGAUGUCAGAAGCCAAUGAUGAGCAGCUAUAUGAAAAGGAAGAGAAGAAAUCUGUUCAAGAUUCAGAGCAAAGGUUCGAUAUGGUCCAUAAAACGCCUCCGUCUAAGGAAAAAGGCACCUUUACCACUAGCACUCCCAAGCAAGAAUCAACCAAAAGAAUGCAGGUUGAAAAAGGGGAUGGUCCCAAAAUUCAAGUUCAGUCAAGUAAUUACGCAGUGAAAGGAGACAAACAGACAUCCGCAAAGGAGUUUCACUUUAAAGUUCAAAUCGGGAACGACAUCAAUGAUGCAAAGUCGUCUUCAGAACUACUCCUGGUGCAGUUGGUGGAAGUAAACAAGAAACUUCGCAUGUUACAAGGACAGUUACUUGAGUUCCGAAAAUCUAACGGCAUUUUGGCGUAAUAACAGAAACUCUCUACUACUGAUGCGAUCCUCGCUAAGUGGAAGAGGUUUAUGCAAGAAUUGCGUUUCUAAGUAGAAAGAGACAAGAUUUGCAUGUUUUAUGUCAAGUUUAAUGUAGUAACCCUUUAUAUCAAGAUGCUACCCUGUAGAAAGGUUUGCUUUGAUCACUGGCUUCUGUUUUGUGAUUGGUUAGGUUCUUUACAUGCGCUUUAAAUUAGGUAACAUAUUUCUCCAAAACUGGCUCAGUAGAAGUGCAAUUGUUUUUUUCUUUUCUAUGUUAUUUGAGUUUGCAUUAGUAUUUGUCUUUUUCUUUUUCUUUUUUUACAAAAAAAGUCGCCUGAUGCAUGUAAAAGCCUCUUUUUUUUUAGGAAAGCGACUUUUAUCAACACUGCUGCGCUAGUUUCGGCCCUUUCUUCUCUUAUUCUGAGCUUUUCAAUUAGCGAUUGCCUUCAAAUCUCCCUCUUCAGUGCUCAUGAAUAAUUAAUGAUGUCCAGGUAUUCUGCGCGAUGCUCAAUAAGCAUCAGAUUAUUCUUAGUCAGGACGGAAACUCGUAAUUUUUUUGGCUGUUAGUCUGAACAACGUUGAACUGUAAAACUACUCUGGUCAGGAAGGUCAAUUAAAAGCAGUUUUGCAUUUUAUUGUUUUAUUGUUGUCGCAGCUGUUGUACCUUUUAACAUAGUUAAUAGAGGGGACUCUGCCAUGCAGAAAUAGAAGAAAAACUGAAUGAUAGUUAUUCAUUGUUAAGUUCAAUUCAAGUAUCAUUUAGCCUCAAGUGAUAAUGAUGUCAAUUAGAUCUUACAUUUUGAAAGAUAUGCUUUAAUUUAGAAGUGGAUUAUUAAAUUGAUGUCUUUUGGAUGAAUUUUGAGACAUGUGAACAAUAUGUAAACAAAUUUUGAUCUAAAAGUCAGUAAUAUCUUGAAACACCAAGACUGCUUUUGACAUCAUUAUAUAGUUACUGAUAAUUUUAUUGCAUAACUGGCAUGUGUAUAGUUUUAACUAGAGUAAUAAUUAUAGCUUUCGACAAUAAAUGAUAACAUGAAACUACA